GCGUUGCAGCAACUGAGUAAAAGAUACCCAGCAACCACUGAAGAUAGAGAUACAGUAACAGUCACAGUCACAGAUACAGAGACAGACACAGCAAGAAGAUACAAAAGUAGAGCAGACAGCUCAACACCCGCAUCGAUCACGUACAGAAGCAGCAUGCCCAGGCGUAGCAUCCUCAUCCUGGCGCUGGGCAGUCUGCUGAAGCUGCUGCUGCUCUUGGCAUCGUCGGCAGACGCCAGUCCCGUCUUUGUGGAUAAUCCCAGCUUAGCACAGUUUCAAUCCGGUCGCAAUAUACGUCACCUGCCCUGCAUUGUGCGCAAAUCGGGUCGCUCGGGCGUCUGUAUGUUCGCCAUCGAUUGCAUCAAACAGAAUGGCACCCAUUUGGGCACCUGCAUCGAUCGCUUCUACUUCGGUUCAUGUUGUGCUCUUAAAGAGGAGGCGUCACUCUUUGCGCCGGAGAUCAGCGACAACAGCAUCGAUCAGAAUACCAUCUCACAUUUUACCCACGAGUCGACCACGAUGCGAACGGGUGGUUUCUUUGAGCACAUUACCAACCACAGCCACAACCACACCAACAACCAGCAGCAACAGCAUUUGGCCAGCGAGUUGCUUAAGAAUGUCACCCAGAGCUAUUUAAGCAGCGUCAAGCCAGUUCGCACCACCAGCAGCAGUAGCUCCACCACCAUGAUCACCAGCAGCAGCAGCAUCAGUAGCACCACAACAAGCCAUCAUUCAAGCACCACACGCCGUCCCAGCAAUGCACACACCACCCAUAAGAAUUCGCAUUUUGUGGUGCGCACCACAGUGAAGCCAAGUGUGGCUCCAACGCUGCUAACCACCUUGAAACCACUGCGUCGUCGCACCACCACCCAACGACCUGUGCUAACCACUGGGCCUGUGCUUGAGCAACGCCUUGAAACCACAACAGUGCCCAGCAAAUUUGUGACAUUCCAGAUUGUUGAAACAACAACGCCGGCAGCCACCGAAGCCACCAAUCGCUGGCCGGAGACAACCACCAGGCGACACAGCAGACCCACCACGAGUAGCAGCAGCAGCAGCAGCUCAAGUCGAACAACUAGCACCACAACACCAGCAACAACAACAACAACCACAGCAGCCAGCACAACAACAACGACAACCACAACAACAACGCGUCCAACGCCACCGCUGCGCACCACCACAACGGCAAAGCCACACAAGACGCAGUCCAGCCGACGUCCAGCUCCGGGCAAGAAGCCAGCAGCAACAACCACCACAACUUCGACAACGGCAACACGGAAACCCAGCGAAACCAACAGCACCACAGCAACCACAUUGCCCGCGCGCAGGCCAGGCAACAACAGCACCAGUCCAACAAAAACAACAAGCAACAGCAGCAGCAGUCACAAGACAACAACAACAACAACAGCAGCAACAACAACCACAACAACAACAAAGCAGCCAGAGAGAACAACACAUGCGCCUAGACCAAAACCACAGCCAACGGGUGAAAUAGUCAAAGUGCCGGCAUUGUUGGCGGAUGCUGAAAUAACAGCAACAGCAACAACAACAACAACAGCAGCAACAUCAGCAACAUCAACAACCACAAAGGCCACGCGCAGACCAACAACCAGCACAGCAACAACCACAGCGCCCAAAAAGCAAGCAAUUAGCACAACAACAACAGCAACAGCAACAACGACAACAACAACGCCGAAACCAACGCGUCGGCAUACAACAAAGGCAACAACCACGACAACAACUACAACAACCAGCACAGCUGCGCCAAUAACAAAAACAACGACAAGAAGAACGACAACAACAACAACAGCAACAGCAGCAAGCGAAGCAACCAAAUUGCAAUCACCCGCAACAGCAACAUCGACAGGAACAGCGGCAACAACAAGUGGCAGCACAACCAAGAAACCUGGCCUGAUCACCUGGACAGAUGUGGAGGCAGAGCCCAUAACAAAUGCGACCAUUGCCAGCAAUUGGCAGCCGGGUCAAUCCGCCGAUUGGAUACCGAUGCCCACUUUGUUGCCGGAGUUGUACAACAAAACGGCUGACGGAGUUGCAGCCACGCCUAGCAGCACCGACAAGGUGAUCAUAUCGGUGGCCACCAGCGUUAGCACCAGCAGUGAAUCAAAGCCAGGUCACAAUCACCAGCAACCAGCAGUGCCAACAACAGCGACAACAACAACAACAACAACCGCUAGCAAGCCGCAUAGAACCACAAGUAAACCAGCAACAACUACAAGCAGCACAACAACAAGAACAACAACAACCACGCCAAGAACAACAACAACAACAACAAUUGCAACAAGCAAAACCACAGAGGCAACUGCAACUGAGAGCAGCAUUGAAUUAGCAUCCUCGACAACGUCUUCAACCGAAUCCAGCAACGAGUUGGACAACAGCAGCAGCACCACCGCCACCGCCAGCACCACAACAACAACAACAACGGAUAACAGCGGCGAGGAGUUGAACACAACAACAGCAACAAUCGAUGCUGUUGGUAAUACAACUGUAGCGCCUGCAAGUGGUUUGGAGGGCGUCGAUUACAAGGAAGUCUGUGGUCGUCGCAUGUUCCCCGAGCCACGCAUCGUUGGCGGUGCAAAUGCCGCCUUUGGACGCUGGCCCUGGCAGAUAUCGCUGCGUCAAUGGCGCACCUCAACCUAUCUGCACAAGUGUGGUGCGGCGCUACUCAACGAGAACUGGGCAAUAACAGCGGCUCAUUGUGUUGACAAUGUGCCCCCCUCCGAUCUGCUGUUGCGCCUGGGCGAAUACGAUUUGGCUGAGGAAGAGGAACCCUAUGGCUUUCAGGAACGACGUGUACAAAUUGUUGCCUCCCAUCCGCAGUUCGAUCCACGCACCUUUGAAUACGAUCUUGCGCUGCUCAGAUUCUAUGAGCCUGUGGUAUUCCAGCCGAAUAUUAUUCCGGUUUGCGUGCCCGACAACGAUGAGAACUUUAUUGGACAGACGGCUUUUGUCACCGGCUGGGGCAGGCUUUAUGAGGAUGGUCCGCUGCCCAGUGUGCUGCAGGAGGUCGCUGUGCCUGUCAUCAACAACACCAUCUGUGAGUCCAUGUACCGAUCAGCGGGCUAUAUCGAGCACAUACCGCACAUAUUCAUCUGUGCCGGCUGGAAGAAGGGAGGCUACGAUUCCUGUGAAGGUGAUUCCGGUGGCCCCAUGGUGCUGCAACGUGAGUCGGAUAAACGCUUUCAACUGGGCGGUGUCAUCUCCUGGGGCAUUGGAUGUGCGGAGGCCAAUCAGCCGGGCGUCUAUACUCGCAUCUCCGAGUUCCGAGACUGGAUCAAUCAGAUUCUGCAGUUUUAGUCGCAUCAUAGUAGUCUUCACCUGUGUAUUAUGCCUAAUCCUUAGUGAAUGCCCAGCACUCGAAUUCAUUUCGAAUCCGAACUCAAACUCGAACUCGUGCUUCGGUUAUGACCUCUUAGCUUGCAUUGAGAGUUUGCGCAUAACCCAAGCAACGAUUUCAGUUAACAUUUACCAACAUCCUUCCACUCCCACCACUCCUCCCACUUUUAUACCAAUCAAACGCAACACAACAAAUAUAAUCACAACAAACUCCAUUGUCAUAAUGUUAAUUUUAAAAUGCUUAGCUUAAAUCAUAAUUAAAAGAACUACGACCCUACAAAAAUGAAUGAAGAGAUAAAGAGAAAAACUCUCCCUAAACUAACGAUGAUGAUAAUGAUGAAGGUGUAACGUAUUAAAAUAUUUGACUCUUAAAUUAUUCCCCCAUUUGUCUCUGUAUAUAAUUUUCUAAAUUAUUGCAUAUAACAUGUAUUUAGCACUAAGUUUAUUUAAUAGACAUUUGCAAUUGCUCAACGCGAUGUGGGGCAUUUGAAUAGGCGCUUCUUUCCAACGACGUUAUUGCGAAUACGAAGAAGCUAUUGUAAUUUAAUUUAAUAAUAUAUUGUAAUUAUUUAUUUAAAAACGCACAUAAAUUAAUUCAAUUAAAAUG